GCAUGAAGCAUAAUGGGAUUGAACAACAUAAAAUGAAGCUCGUCAGUAAAAACUUCCUUCAUGUCUUCAUCUGAAUUUGAAAUAGCACAAAAAUAUGUAAUCGGACAAGUGUUCCAUGCAGUGGUAGGUUGUUGUUUUGUUCCUCUUCUGUGUCUUUGAGGUGCUGCCCUUCCCUCCUUGUGAGGAUGAGUGUGCGCGGCUGCAGCUGAUCAGCAAUCAGGGUAGAGUAUAAACCAGAAAUGCCAACUGGAAACAUGAAUGCCAACUGGCCUUUCCCCUCAGUUCCUUAUCAGCCUCUGCAUUAUUAACUGUAUACCAGCCUCGUAACCCCAGUCACUGACAGUUUGACAAAGUUGUUGUGUGCCUCAUAACUUUGCUUUCUGUUACUUGUGUGGCAGGUGACACGGACCGGGAAAGGGGAGAGGCAACCAUGAGGGAGGGUUGCCCAUAUAGGGCUACCUGCAGGAGGAACGUUGAUUGUGGCAUUGAUUCAGGCCGGUGGAGUGAGGCAGGUGCACACCUCAUUCCACGUGGCAGGCAGGGAACAAAAGAGCAGGAACAACUGCAGCUGAAGCUGAGUGUUACUAACGAUGGCUACACCAGUGACCCUUGAACAAACCAACCUGGAAUGGCAGACCUUUGACGGCUCUAUCCCCGAUGGAGCGGUUUCAAUCUACAACGGAUACGAAAAACGCACCGAGUACGUUGCCAAAUAUCGGAAAGAGCCCGCCUUCUUCUGCCCUGACCUGGAUUCUUACUGCCACUACUCCUAUGCAGGCAAAGAGCUCUGUCGCUCCACAUUUGAGAUCCUGGUGAACAAAGAUGACUUUGAGCCUUUGGAAUGGAAAGAUGGCUCCUGGGGUUCAGUGCCUGCGAAUUCAGUCUACACCUCCCCCAAUGACAUGUAUGUUGGGAAGAACAAGUAUGGUCUUGGGAAGGUACAUGUUAAAUGUAAUAACUUCUUCCUUCCCUGUAAAGGUAAAGAGUAUUUGUACAAGUACUACCAGGUUCUGACCUUUAACCCAGAUGUAACCAGCGAGCACAUAACUGAUGUCAAGUAUAAAACUGAUAAUCUUAAUAUCAUUAAGUAUCCUCCAGAGAUCUUGACCAAGUCUGCCAUCACCAACAACAGCAACCAGCCAGUGACACAGACUGUCACCCUCUCAAAGACAACCCAAGUGGAGCAAAAGUGGGACACCAGCUUUUCUUUGAAAACGGGCGUCACGACUAGCAUCACUGCUGGAAUCCCAAAUAUUGCCUCUGAAACUGUUGGGUUUAGCGCGGAGAAAACCCUCCAGUUCUCGAAGGGGACCAGUCAUACCGAGUCAACCACCCACUCUGUUGCUAUUGAGUGCAAAGUUCCACCAAAGCAUGACUGCAGUGUCAGUAUGGUGGCGUAUAAGUACGGGGCAGACAUCCCUUACACCGCACGCCUCAAACGCACCUACAGGAACGGGGAGACCAAGUGGACGUCCAUCACCGGGACCUACAAAGGCGUCCAAGUGGGAGAAGUCCGGACUGUGGUGGAUCCCUGUGAACCUCUGUAGACCCUGUCCCUGAAAGCAUAAUGGAAGAGGCUCCAUGAGUUACAGUACCUGACAUAUUGAAUGUUGGAUACCCGUAAUGAGUGUUUUUCAUUUUCAGUUUUCAGUUUUUCAACAAAUUGUUUACCAGGCAACAAAUGUAUUGUUGAGGUUUCACCUAUAAUGUCCAAGACACACACCCCCCCAAAACCUACCCUAAUUCAGAGUUUAACCAAUUAAUUAAUUAGUUUAAUUGACUUACCAAUUGAAAAUUACAGAAAUACUUGGAAACAUUGUUGUGAAACUGGUGAAUCGGUAUGAUUUCUUUUCUUCCAUUGAGCUUAGAGUGAUUUAGUCUCAGAUAUGAUUUUAUUCCACAUAUAUAAUCCCAUAUGUCUUUGUGCUCAUUUAAUAGUGAUAACAAGUAGUUGAUUUUCUUUCAUUCUUCAAUAUGUAAUCCUGUGUGCUUUAAUAUUCACUGGUUGGUAAACAUAUGUAAGAAAGUUUCCUUUGCUAAAGGUCUUAUGAUCUAAUAGUUUGUUGAUGUUUAGGUUGUUAACCAUACAUGGAUCUGGAGUAAAAAAGUAUAAAUAAGGGGAGACAACAGAUUAUAGGAGGCUUUUUUGACUGAUGAUAUUUUUGACUUUUUCUUUUGGGCAUUUUGAAGCUUUUGGGGAUCUCUUGAGAUCUUACUGGGUGUUUUGGUUCCUUUUUGUAUCAUUCAAUUCAUGUAACCUGUAAUCUUCAUAUUAUCUUUAAAAACCAAUAAAACUGGAUUGUAUUCUGUACAUUCCAACCAAA